CUCUAGUUUUCUAGCCAGCCUCCGCCUGAGCAGCACCUUCCGGUUUUUCUGUUUUUUGGUGCUGCAAAGCGUAGACCCAAGUGACUAAAAAGUGACUAAAUACAUGGCAAGCGGCUAUCCUGGACCUUACGUCGGCCGAUGCUCACCCUGCAAUGACGGUGCUCAGCCAACAUCAGCCAAAGACUUGAAGGACCUGAAGCCAGAGUUGCAAGAUCUAGUGCUGCUGAUGCGCAAGACAUUGCGAACUGUUUGCGACGAGCUGCGAAGAAUCCACAAAGGGAACAAACUUUUGGAAGAGCAGCACAGAGCCCUUGCCGGGCAGCUGGCAGACUGUGAGGUAAAGCGCUCGCUGCAAGCAUGCCAAGCUCAGCACUCUGUAAACAUAGCAAAUCUACAGCCUCAGGCUCAACCGUCUCAGUCAAAGCCGAUGACAAGACC